UUAUAGCAAACAACUUUACUGAACUCCAGAUUCUUCCUCAGUUUCUAUGAUACUGACAAAACCAUAUGGGUAAGCUUUCAUUUUCGAUUAUACUUAAGAUGCCUUGAAUAUUACCAAACCUGUUUCUAAGACCCAUGGAAAAUGAUUUACCUUUAAGCAUUUAUGCUAGAAAAUGUACCAGGCCAUUUCUGCCCAACAAAGCUAGCUUAUUGUCUGUAGUGCCCCCUAGUGGUCGCUCUUCGUAUGUCGCUCUCCAGCAAAGGGAUGGUUUCAGUCGAAUAUUGUCACUUGCUGUUUUAUUAUUUCAAAUUGUCACGGCCUAGCUCCAAUGGGAAUAUCCUGGGUUCAAGUGCCAGGGGGGCGCACACACAUUGUAACUCCUCCCUCUAUUUUAAAUCGUUUCGGAUUGAAGCAUCGUGUACGUGGAUGAAAUGUAAUCACAUUAAAAUACAUUAGCAGCGCCUACUGAACUGAGAUUACAUUGUCGAACCUCCUAUGGGAAAAUGCCAAAACUGUGUGGUCUUAGCUAUUGCAAAGUGGCUAUCAAGUCUGCGGAGAGAUUUUUAAUUAGGGAAAUAUGUAGUACCUGAAACCGUGAUACAUAUAUUUGCUUGGGAUUUAACCAGUACAUCAAAGAUGUUUUUAACUUACUACGACAGAUCAGAAGGCACAGACCACACUUCUCCGAAAUCAAGAUGACUGCCAUCCAGUUUUCGAUAUGUAAAAAGCAGGAGUGGAAAUCCUCUUUAGCCUCGUCAUGUCCGAUCAUUUUGCCAAAACGAGCCAUCGGAAUUUGUAUUGGGUUUAUUUCAAAUUCAAAACUGUCAUUAUAACAAAGCAUUCGUACGCACAUUACAGUUAUUACGCACCUGGGGAGCAUUGUCAAUAUGCUUUCUUUAAUACCACAGAUGCAUAUGCUCAUAUUCUAAAAGUAAAUACUUGAUUUCAGUAUUUUUGGAAAUGAAUGAGGAAUUGGUGCAGCUGUCGCUUUAAGGAGCGGACGGCGGAUCCAAGAUGGCGGCGUCUCUGUGCGGUGUGUCUGGCUUUUCUAGAUAAAAAAAAAUAUAUAUAUAUAACAACUCGGUGGAAACCAGAAGAGCUGUGGAAACAAAAGCCGGAAUAUAAAUUCAAGAAGAUGAAAGCUGAUUCCGGUGCAGAGGGCUGAGUGGUAGCCUCUCUUCUCCCAGGAUGGAUACAUUCUUCAAGGCUGCCGUGUGCGAUCUGGACAAACUUCUGGAUGAUUUUGAACAGAACACAGACUCUGCAGCUCUACAUGAUGUCAAAAGCCAAAGCUACAGUUCCCCUCUGAGAGAUUGUGGUCCUCCAAGCUGUGACUCCUACCCAAGAGACUCUGAAGUGACAGGGAGACCUUUGACAGAUGUGGACCUCCUGUCCUCCGUGGACAACAGGACAACUAAAAGUAUAGCGCCACCAUGUCCAGACAGGGCACUGAAGCCUGUGUGUGAUCUCGUCAGUGAUACGGCAUCUGCCAGUCUUCUUCGGGCAAAUAGCCACGAUGCUUUUAAAGAGUUGGAUGUUGCUGAGAAUCAGCUUGAGGAGCUCUUGGUGGAUUUUGAGUCUCCUGUGAUUUACCUGCCAGGAAAUGCAUCGCCAGUGGGUAUUAGGAGAACUCAUGGAGAGGAAUCGCCUGACAACGGAGCCUUAUUGGAAUCGGACUCUCAUGACCACCUUGUUGUCGGAGAGCUUCCAUCGUCGGUUAGCCUGCUGGACAUCAUUUUGCCAGCUUCUUCGGAGGGUGCUGGGGAGCCCCAGAGUGUGGUGUCACCAGGUAGUUCGGGGGUCCAGGAAUCUGUGAAGAAUGAGUGCGAGGUUUCUGUUGAAAGUGCAGAAAACAUUGCAGAAGAUGACGAGUUCCCCUGUCCUGCAGAAAGGGAGGAUGUUGUUGGCGCAGUUUGUGGAAGUGGUGAAAAUGAUGGGGAGGGGCUGGUUACAAACAACAUUGGUCAUUCUCAUGAGUCACCAGUACCUAGCGAUGGGAAAUGUGACCAUCCGGAGGGGGGAUCCAGGACUACAGGCUGGUCUAACAGCUUAUGUAGUCAGACUCCUAGCUCUCCACGGCAGGAGUCUUCCCUGUCCUGUCUCCCAAUGGCCGUGUCCAUGUGUGGAUCUCUGGUGUCAUCUUUGGAUUCCCGAGAGCAUGAGGAAACAAGGAUUGAAAAAGAACCAGAGGUUGUGUUGUCAAACUCCCAAGUGCAGUCUGACCCAGAUAUCCCUCAGGUUACCCUUCCAGUUGAUGGUACUAUAAACCACACUAACCCCGAUGCUGACUCCAGUGAAGUGGUAGAAGAAUCAACCGCAGACUCGCUGUCAAAGGUGACAUCAUUCCAUCAUAUGAUCAAAACUCAUGAAUGUUCUGGAACGUCUGUAGCUCCUUUGUCACCCAAUGGUUGCCAAGACUCUGGGAGUCUGAUGCAGGAAAGUCUAUCUCCUUCAGCUUGUGAGGGUCCAAGAAAACCUCCAGAUUAUGCGUUUAUGGAGAGCUUCCUCUCUGAGAAUGACCAAGGUGCCCUGCUGGUGACUGAUGAGGAAUUGGAUGCGUUCUUGAUGGGGCAGAAGGAUACCACUCCUGUGGGCCCAGAAAUGGAGAAAUCUGCUGACGGGAGGAUUUUGGAAGCGAAUGGGUAUGGUGCAGAUCCCUAUAGUUUUUCUCAAGAUGGUUUCGAGGAGGAGGAACAUGGAAACAUUAGAAGUCACCAGGACAGUGGUACCUACAAGGAUAGUAACCAAAUGCUUCCCUCUGUGGAGGAAAGUAAAGACUCCAGCCCCUCUUCUCAGUCUCAGGACAGUAGCCCUUGCAGCCCAGAUCUUGGUAACAGGUCUAGUUCAGAAGAGCUUAUCAGUGAUGUGGGCCAGGCUAAUUUUACUGCUAAUCAACAUCCUUAUUUUGGAGGGGCAAGACCUAAGCAGUUGUAUAGUCAGCCACCUAGAAUUGCCUCAACUUGUGAGACUGAGGACCAUGGGAGGGGUGAAGUUAAGGAUCUUCAUAACUCCGGGGAAAUGUUGGUGAACACUACUCACUCCUCUCCUGCCGCAGUCCCAGUUGCAGAAGACCCCAGCCAGUGCAUAACAAAUUCGAGUUACCCUUUCCAGGAGAGCUAUGAGAACAGCGUCGAUUACGAUGAGCUUUCAGACCCGCCGCCUUACUCAAAGGACGCGCCUGGUCUCACGGCUGACCACCAGCAUCUUAUGAAGGAGGCUGAUGGCCUGGGUGUGAGACAGCCGCCCUGGAUACCGGAUUCGGAGGCUCCCAAUUGCAUGCACUGCCAGCAGAAGUUCACCUUUACCAAGAGGAGACACCACUGCAGGGCUUGUGGCAAGGUGUACUGUGCGGUUUGCUGCAACAGGAAGUGCAAGCUGAAGUACCUUGAGAAGGAAGCCAGAGUGUGUGUUAUUUGCUACGAUAUCAUUCAGAGAGCCCAGGCCCUGGAGAGGAUGAUGAGUCCCACAGGCCCCAGCCCCAACCCCAACAUCCCGUCCGAGUACUGCUCCACCAUCCCGCCCAUGCAGCAGGCUCGUGCGGCUGGGACGCUUAACUCCCCUCCGCCUACCGUCAUGGUGCCCGUGUCUGUGCUGAAGCAGCCAGGGACCGAAGGUUUUCCACGAGAGCAGCGGAGGGUCUGGUUUGCCGAUGGCAUUCUGCCGAAUGGGGAAGUGGCGGACACCACCAGGCUGUCUACAGGAACCAGGAAGACCUCCCAGGAGUCAAGUCCUGUUACUCUGGAGCCCGCAGUGCCUGGUAGUCAGCCAGUGAAGCCCACUCAUUCAUUAGGGGAAUCCCCUGAAGCUGCGGGGGUGCCAGUGGCUGAGGGGGCACUCGGAGGCGCCGUGGUUGGCCUGGCUGAGGCAGACUGCCCCCCAGUUUCUGGGUCCUGGGACUACAGCCUGCUGUGUCGUGUGGGCGACCUUGUGGCAAAGAGCUCCAGCCUGGUGCCAGAGGAUGAGGAAGGCCUGCCACCGCUGCUGAUCAUCACUGGGGAGGGAGCAGAUGUCAUGGUGGAAGAACGACCAGCAGCCAGCCAGAUCCUGCUGCUUCUCGAGGAAGGAGGACCACAACCUUUGACCUUCGUCCUCAAUGCAAAUCUCUUGGUGAACAUCAAGAUCGUCACCUAUACUGGCAAAAAGUGCUGGUGCUUUGGCUCCAAUGGCCUUCAGGCCGUGGGUCAGAAGGAGGUGGUGUUUGUUCUGCAGUGUCUCCCAGAGGAGACCAACUUGCCCAGGGACAUCUUUAACUUAUACGUGAGCAUCUACCAAGAUGCUGAGAAAGGGAAGUUUGUGGAAGACCUUGGCAACGUGACUUUCACAGAGAGCUUCUUGGGAAGCAGAGACCAUGGUGGCUUUCUCUUCUUCUCCCCCACCUUCCAGCCUUUGGAGGACCUCUUGCUGCCCCAUGACCUGUAUCUCUGUGGGGUCCUAAUCCAGAAGCUCGAGGUUCCUUGGGUCAAGGUGUUCCCUUUGCGUCUGCUCCUUCGGCUGGGUGCUGAGCACAGCGUGUACCCGAGCCCCCUUGUGAGUGUGAGGUUUCGGAAGGCGGUCUUCAGAGAGGUCGGACACACUAUCAUGAACCUGCUCGCUGAUCUCAGAAAUUACCAGUACAGCCUGCCCAUGGUGGACGGCUUGAAGAUACACAUGGAGAUGGGCAACAGCUACAUCGACAUCCCCAAAUGCAAGCUCAGUGAGAUGCUGAAAGUGGUGAACACAUCCAACGAACACGUAAUAAGCUUAGGCGCCAGCUUCAGCCCCGAGGCCGACUCCCACCUGGUGUGUGUCCAGAACGAGGGUGGGGUCUACGAGACCCAGGCCAGCAGCAAGCCAGGGAAGACCAGGAAAGUGACUGGGGCCAGCUUUGUGGUUUUCAAUGGAGCACUGAAGGCUUCUUCAGGAUUCAUUGCCAAGUCCAGUAUCGUUGAAGAUGGUCUGAUGGUCCAGAUCCCACCAGAGACCAUGGAGGCUCUCCGACAGGCAGUACGAGACCAGAGUGACUUCCAGAUUUCCUGUGGCAAGGUGGAGGUGGCUGACCUGAGGGAGAAUGUCACCUUACGUUGGGUGGACUGGGUGGCACCGCCUGUCAAAGGCAGCACGAGCAGUCCUGUGGACGGCAGGUCCCUGGACGCUGUCCCCAGUGUCCGACUUCAGCAAGACACGGAGUUUGAGACGGAUGGGAAGAUCGUCAGAUGUGUAGAGGCAUUCAUCUUGGUGAAGGGGGUGCAGGCCCCCCUCUCGGCCCCGUUGCCGUCUCAGUUCCUGCGGGAAAUCUCCGCUGCAAGUUGCAAAGCCCUCAGCCCCCGCCUCGCUGUCCUCACAGGCAGUGGGAUCAACCGAUUCGGUCUGCGCAUCUCCACUGACGGCGAUAUGGUGGAGUACCAGGCUGGCUCUGGAAGCCGGCUCCUGCCACAGCGGUACAUGAACGAGCUGGACGGCGCGCUCAUCCCUGUCAUCCACGGCGGCAGCUCCGGCGUCCCCCAGCAACCCAUGGAUGUGGAGUUCAUCUUCUACAUCACGGAGAGGCUCCGCUGAACGGGAACCACACACCAGCGAAAUCUAGGCCUGCGGGAAGCAGGUUUCAACCAGAGACAAUUCUAGCCCACACUGAAAAACGCAAUGCUGCCAUUAAGGGGAUGGUUGACACCCCUCUGCAAAGAAUCACAGGCAUGAGGAGUGUAAGAACAUUUAUCAAGAUCUGACGUCCAGCAUUGUUGAUUUAAUUUUGUGAUCAAGAUCAUUUGAAGUGAUGUAUACACUUGGUCUUUGACUUUUGAGUAUCUCAGUAUAUUACUAAACCAUAGCAUUGAAAAUGUGUUGAAUCCCAAAUUUGAGACCAGGACUUAUGACUAAGAUUGUGUGCUUUUUUCUUUGAGCGUAUCAAUUCUCAGUUGAUUUUUUUGUCAAAUCUGGAUUCUGUGGGUUUUUACUUCCAGAAUGCUAAUGAACAGAGAUAUGAAAAAAGUUACUUGACCAAAAGCUUCUAGUGUAGAAGUGCUGCUCUCAUUGUUGAGAUGCUUGUAUUUUCAUCAAAGUGAUAUUAGGGAAAUAAAUUAUUUCAGAUUAGUAAUUACAUACUUUGGAUGUUUAAAGUAUCUUCAUAUAAGCCUAUAAUUUUAGGUAUAGAAGUGUGUGUUUGUCUAUGUACCUGUAUACAUACACACAAUCUUUAUCACUUUGAUUUAUUAGAAGCCUUGGCACAUCUCUCAGUAAUUGUAUUUUUUGUGAUAACUGUAUAGAAAGAUAAAUUAUAUUAAUCUCUGAUGAGAUUAAUACCUAUUUUUGAAACAAUUCUGUGCUUUAAAUAAAAUGAAUAUUUUUGAUAGGACAAGUGAUUUUUGCAGUUGUGUAAGUCUAGCGUCUGAAGUCUUGAACACAAAUUAAGCUUUAGACACUAAUUGCUUUGCUCUGGAGCAGAAUUUGUCCUUUUUUCUCAGUUAAAGUAAUAAACAGUCUGAUCUGAUUGUGGUUGUUUUCUUAGCAUUAAUAUGGCAUGUCUUCUGAGAUUAGUAUGGAAAAGCAUUGAGCGCUUAAGUCAUGUCAAGGGGUUGCUUGACACUAGCUUGUUAGGCAGUUUUUUCCGCCAGCUGGCAGUUUCUCACAGCAUUUUCAUGCCCCCCUCACUCCCCCAGAAACACUGCGAUGUGCCUGCAUUUCUGGGCCCCCUCUCACCUCUUCCUGAUGCUAUGUCCAUUUCGUACUGAGUGUCUGCUUGUACUAUGCCCAUGGAGAAAAUGUCUUUUCUCUGACGGCUGAUUUUAAUCAUAUGCUGGAGGGGAGGGGAACAUGCACUUUAAUAUGUCUGACUGAUGAUGGAAAUGACAUGUUCACACUCUUGCGCACGUAGUAGCCGGUGGUGUUCCAUUUGUCAGUCUUCUCUCUUUCUUUACCUUCAUUGUUUUCCAUGCUUGUCUGUUAUUUGUAAGAACCUGAUUUUUAUUCGGUUCACUCAGUGUGAAAUAUCGUACCAGAUUUCCGUGCCCCAUGUGUUACAAAAGGGGGAAAAUCCUUAGAAUUUUUAGUCAGUGCUUCAUACUUUAUGAUCUGGUUUCCAAAUACCUUACGUGUCCUGUUGUUUUUUUUUAGCCGGUAUACUGGACUCGCUUAUAUUAGGUCUUGCAGAUACUGGAAGUGUCUCAGUUCUGCAGUCGAAUCACAGUGGUUAUAGCUGGACCCGCAAUCCGUAGGAUUUAAAGAAUGCAUGAUUUUAGCUGACAGAGUGUCAUAGUCCUUACAUGCACUACAAGAGAGAGCUGUGUCCCUAUGCAUUCUCCCCUAUGCAUGCUCCCUCAAGGCCGUUCUGUCGAAAGUAAUGAAGUCACUCUUGGCUUCUGCCAAAAAUGUUCAGUGUAACUCCUAAAACAAUGCAACUCUUAGAUCAUCCAGUGUUGAAAGUGUACAGAGAUGAUGAGGUCGUACAUCAAUGUGAGCAAAAUGUUUCCUGUGGCUUUAAGUGAAAAUUUCCACUAAUAGAUAUUUUCAUAUUGAAGUUAUAAAAUAAUGGCAACAUCAUGGACAAGUCACAGUGCUUUUCUUUUCUUUUUGUUUGUUUGUUUUGUUGUUUUAAUGGUGAAUUUCUCCUUUGUAUUUAUGGUGAAUCAUCUGGGGAUCUAAGAUUUUCUCAGUUUUCAAGAUUAAAGUCCAAUUUAUUAAUGGAACUUUCAUUGAAGUCAUAAUAAAAAUGUAUUUUUAUGCUUUUUGAGCUAUUUAACUGUUUUCCUCAGUUGUAUAUGUACCUCUGUAAGGUUUAUAAAAACCAAGUACUUUCUUUGAUGUUACUGACAUUUGAGAGUUGAGAAACUUCUUUUCAAUAUUAAAUUUGUUAUAGGUGUGUUGCAUAUAUAUAAUAAAAUAUUAUCAGAA